CCGUAGCGGGCCGGGACAGAGGCGGGGCGGGAAGCGCGGCAAGGUGUGUCCCAGGUGCCGGCUUAUAUCAGGCGGCGCGGCGGGGCGGCGGCCCGGCCCAAUGGCGGCGCCCGCCACGGCCGAGCCGCGCUCUAAGCGGCCCCGCGUAACGCUGCCUGGCUGCCCGGCGCAUCGCCAGCUGCCCGGCAGCCGAGUGCGGCAGAAUUUCCCGCCCGCCGUGGAGGAAGGCCUCUGCGGCGUCACUGGCGCCCUGCUGGAGCUCGCCUAUUGCCUGCAGGCGCUGGGUGAAUAUUUUGAUCAGUCACAUGUGGCUCUACCAAAUGUUUCAAAGUUCUUCUUGCAUCAAGCUCUGGAAGAGAGGAAAGCUGCAGAGGCUUUGAUGAAGUAUCAGCAAGAAAGAGGUGGCCAUUACUGCUCUAAAACCAUCCAGAAACCAAACUCUGAGUAUGCAGUCGGUCUGAUGAAAGCCCUGGAAUUAGCAAUGCUGAAGUGGAAAACAACAGUCCGGUAUUUUGAAGAGCUUUAUGCCCUGAGUAUUGAAAAUGCAGACCCUCACAGUGCAAGCACUAUCAAGAAACAGUUUAUUGAGCCCAAAAUCCGGAAGAUCAAGCUAAUGGGAGAUCUACUGACCAAUGCUCGCAGGCUUGACUGCUCCCAAGAUGGCAGAAACAGUCUUGGGGAUUACUUUAUGGAUCGGUUGCAGAAAGAGUUCAGAACAGGCAUAGAGCCAGAGUCAAGCAAGCACUGCAGCCCCUGCCAGCCUCUAGAGCAGUGUACAGGAGCCACAGAGGGUCUGAAACGACCUCAGAGAGAAUCUUGCCAGCACAGAAAUGGCAUAGGGCCAAUAUAUGCAACCAUACACUGCACUACCACGCUGCCACAGUGCAAUGAUGGGACAGGAGCAAAAGUGAAGCAGGGAAGGGAGGGCCUUUAAUGCUGUGGCUGUUGCAGCGGAACAGGGCAGCACCUAGGGCAGACCUGUAUGGAGUGGGGAUGUGAGACAAGCUCAGGAGAUGUGGUGCUGUAUCACUCCUGCUUUACACCCUGUCCCCUCAUCCUCCAAGUCAUUCCUACUCAGAAUCUAGCCCAUACCAUUAUUUUAAAUGAUAGCAAGAUUGCUAAUUACCUAGAUUGUCAGCAUUGGUCGCACUUUUAUCUAUGCAGUUCUUCUGAGAAGCUAAAAACUUUUAAGACUCUUCUGUCUUAAUGAAUUAGUACAAAUUAUUUUUAACUGUAUACAUAAUGUUUAAUACAAAAAUCAACCCACACAACUUUAGUACAAGGAAACUUCUAUGUGGCAGAAAAUCUAAAGCUUAGUUUU